AUGAUCGGGGCAAAGAAACAUGUUCAAAAUGACGGCAUAAGAGAAAAUCUUGAAGAUACCAGCAGAAGAAAGAAUCCUCAUAAAAAAAAUAAGAAACAGGACCUCAGCUUAACCAUGCCGCAAAAAAAGGGCAUCUUCAUAGAGAAAAUGGCACACGAGAGGACAUCUUCAGGAGGCCGCGAAAAAGGGUAA